AUGGAGAAGAUCCAGGAUAGCGAAGAGGUUCCAGCGCCAGCAAAGGAUAUAAAGCGUCAUCGCUUAGAGAAACCUCAAGAUCCUACCCCAGAUCCCAUCCAUCCACCGUGGCUUUGGUCAACUGAGGAGGUUGGCUACUUCUACCCAGACUACAACGCCGACACGGAACAUUUCAGAGUCAAAGGAUCAAAUCAAUCACACGCAACUGUUUUUUACAAUGCUGAAGCUUUUGUGAGCCACCUCCGUGGUCUUAUUGUUUUCCAACCGGCGCAGACUAUUCAAACCAAUAUUCACUUAUGUUUGCGCGACGACGCGCUCGACUGGUACAACACUGAACUCUCAGACGCCGAGAGAAAAGACCUCCGCGACCUUCCCAUGGAACACAAAAAUGGUUGGUUUAACCAGAUUCUCAACCGCUUCAGAAUAUCGCCUAUUAUGACCAGUUCGUAUCUAAGCUCCCACGUCUCUGGAAAAACCAUAUGUGCGAGUGCCCGCAACAUUGUGCGAUAUGCCAAAGCAGCUGGAAUUCACGAUACCCAUCGGCAUCUGUUGCAAAUUUGGGAAUAUCUGGAAAAUAAUCACCCCAAUCAUGCUCGUUGUCUUUUCCGGCCUUCUGAGGAUACAUCUUUGUCGGAGUUUAUGCGAAAGCUUUAUGUUGUGGAGCAGGAGGUCGUGAUUACAUCGGACGAUGACUCUGAUGAGAACUAUGAUGAAGAUGAAGAUCUUCAGGAACCACCAAUGGGCUUUCAAGGCUGCGACAAUUGUGACUGUAAGUGCUGCAAAAGGACGCGGUAUUGA